UAUUGUAGAAUAGUAGUUUAUAUUACUACAGAUUUUUUUUUGUUGUCGCGAAAUCUUGCGGCGUUUCUGUGCUUUUCGGCGAGUUGUGCUUUUUCCGACAGCACUCGAAGACAGCAUGACUGGAACCUCUCAUGACGUCGGAGGAAGUGAACGCACCAGCUAGCAUUUUGUUCCCCACGACAGCUAAGUUACAUAACGUACACGCAGUGAAUAAGAGACAGCAUCUUUAAGGGUUGCCACAUGGAUUCUCCUCGGCAAGCGAAUAACCGAGAGCCAAAGCGAAGUCAGAAUCGGACAAGCAAUCCUCCUCAGAAAGAUGCCUACGCCAGGCUCCUCAACCAGCACUGCAGCAGCAAAUUCCGUCUGUAUAUGGAGCAAUAUGCAAAGGACACAGCAUUUCAAAGGGAAGGAAGUGAGCCGAGCACCCUGCUCAAAGCCCAGAGUGACAGGCAGAACAUACCACAGCGAAAAAGGGACCAAGUGUCCAAUGAUUUCUCUGAUUCGAGUGACUUCUCCCCCUCUUCCAUGAAAAGUAAAGGAGAAGAGAGUUCACUGUCAUUGUACAUGGAGAAACUAAGCACCCGCGGUGCUCAGCAGGACUGUGAGAGGAAGCAGGGUGUGUCUGACCGACAGCGAUGGGGACAGAGAAGAGACACAGCCACCAGCCAAGAUGGAGACGUCGAGUCUGGGGAGGAACUUGGCUCUUUAAAACCUAACGAAUCAAAGAAACACCAGAAGCAGCAGAAGAAAACCAAGGAGUCUAACAAAGAUGUUACCUCAAAAGAGACUGACUCAUUUGUUGGACGUCCCCAGUCCCCAAAUACAGCUGGUACAAGUGGACAGGAGCAAGAGAAGGUGAAGAGGUCAAAGAAAAAAAAACUUUUAAGGCAACCAGAGGAGGAGAAAAGCGGCGAAGAGACGUUACAAUCUGCUGUUGACACUCAGAUGUCAAGGCCCAAGUCCCCUCAUGGUAAAGAGAAAAAACUGCAGCAGCCCAGAGCUUCAAGUGCCAAUUAUCCGGCUGACAAGAGUAAGAACAGAGGACCCAGAGGAUCAAAGAAACAAGUUUUUGAAUCCUACAUGACACUGGAGGAGGUUUCCCAUGGCCUUAAAAGAGGAGAACUCAUCGAGGGACAGUUAAGAAUCAACCCAAAGAAAUACCACGAAGCUUUCAUCCCAUCCCCUAAUGACACACGAGAUAUAUUCCUGGAUGGGAUCGUGGCUCGCAACAGAUCCCUGAAUGGAGACAUAGUGGUCGUGCAAAUCCUCCCUCGGGAGCAGUGGAAGGUUGUGAGGUCAGAUACUGAGGGUGAGGGCACCAGUGAGUCAGAGACCCAGAAAGAAAACAUGGUGCAAACAGCACAGAAGAGGCCUCAUAGUAUUGUGGAAGACCAGUGCAGUGACCAGGAUGAACUCAUCCGCAAAUUGCAGAAUACCACCCUCACUGAAACAGGGAAACAUCUGGAAGACCCCUCAACCCCACGGCCCAAUGGGGAAGUACUCCAAAAGACCGCUAAAGUGGUGUACAUUGUUGAAAAGAAACACUCAAGAGCUGUGACAGGCUUCCUGAAGUUCCUACCAGAUAAGCCUUUUGCAAUGUUCUCUCCUGUGGACCACCGGGUGCCACGGAUUAACGUUCUCCUAGAUAACUGUCCCGAAGACUUCACUUCCCGCCCGGGCGACUACACCAACACCUUGUUCAUAUGUCGGAUCACCAACUGGGCAGCUGACAGCAACUUUGCAGAGGGUCAACUUGCUAAGACACUGGGUCAGGCCGGAGAAAUCGAGCCAGAGACGGAGGGCAUCCUGAUAGAGUACGAAGUCGAUUUUUCUGAGUUCUCAGAUGAGGUGUUGAACUGUCUACCCAAGAACCUGCCCUGGACCAUCCCUGCUGAGGAGAUGAGCAAAAGGAGAGACCUGAGGAAGGAGUGUAUCUUCACCAUCGACCCGGCUACUGCCAGGGACCUGGACGAUGCUCUGUCCUGUAAACGGCUCCCUGAUGGUAACUUUGAGUUGGGAGUUCACAUUGCUGAUGUGAGUUAUUUUGUGGAGGAGGACAACGCUCUCGAUACCAUCGCCAGCCAACGAGCAACUAGUGUGUACAUGGUUCAAAAGGUGAUCCCCAUGUUGCCCAGGUUGCUGUGUGAGGAGCUGUGCAGUCUGAAUCCUCUCACCGACAGACUCACUUUCUCUGUCAUUUGGAAAAUCACACCGGAGGGGAAGAUCCUGAGUGAGUGGUUCGGCCGCUCAGUUAUCCGCUCCUGCGUGAAGCUGAGUUACGACCAUGCUCAGUCCAUGAUCGAUGCCCCUGAAAAGAUGUUCUCUGCCGAGGAGCUGCCACCUGCCGACCCUGAGCACCCCAUUGAUGAGAUCCACCAAGCUGUGCUCAACCUGCACGCCAUUGCCAAGAACCUCCGGGGUCAACGCUUCUCAGGAGGAGCCCUCAGACUGGACCAGUUGAAACUGUCCUUCACCCUGGACAAAGAGACAAUGAUGCCUCAAGGCUGCUACGUUUACCAGUACAGAGACAGUAACAAGUUGGUGGAGGAGUUCAUGUUACUGGCUAACAUUGCCACAGCCCACCACAUCUACAAAAGAUUCCCCCAGCUGGCCCUGCUCAGACGCCACCCUCCACCAAAGGCCAAAAUGGUGGAUGAGCUGCAGGAGCUUUGCGACCAGUUGGGAAUCGACAUAGAUCUCUCCUCUGCAGGAGCGUUGAAUAAGACUCUUAACACUGCUCUUGGUGAUGAUGAGUAUACCACUGCCAGAAAAGAAGUCCUCACCCACAUGUGCUCCAGACCCAUGCAGAUGGCGUUGUACUUCUGUACUGGUGAACUUAAAGACGAGAAAUUGUUUAAGCACUACGCUCUCAACGUUCCUCUCUACACUCACUUCACAUCGCCCAUCAGGCGCUACGCUGACAUCGUUGUCCACCGACUCCUGGCUUAUUCACUGGAUUGUGGGCCUAGAUUGGGGCUGUCAACAGAAGAAGUCCAAAAACAAGCAUCACGCUGUAAUGACAGGAAGACUGUGUCCAAGAGAGUCCAGGAGCUCAGCUCUGAGCUCUUCUUUGGAGUGUUUGUAAAGGACUGUGGGCCUCUGGACUCUGAGGCCAUGGUGAUGGGGGUGCUGGACCAGUCCUUUGAUGUGCUGGUUCUCCGAUAUGGAGUGCAGAAACGUGUCUACUGCAAGUCUGUUGCGGGCCUGGACUCAUUCCACCAUCGUAAGGUUGGGAAGAAAUCUGAGCUGACUCUGGUCUGGACAUCAGAGGACCCAGAGAAAGCCCCGGUUGAGCAGGAAAUUUCAAUCUUCACAUUAGUGGAGGUGCAGCUCAAAGCGGACGGUGCGCCCAUGAAAUACAGUGCAGUGCUCAAGAGGCCCGAGGAGAACGAGUCGUAAACGCAGAAAUGUGCUGAAGAGCACGCAAACACUUGUAUGGAACUUUUGAAUUGCACAUUUUCCUUUUGUUGAUUGGUAGAACAAGUAGUAGAUUAGAAGCAGUUUUGCGGUGGUAAGCAGGUGAUCAGGUCAGAGUCACACUUCAAUUGAAGUUCCCACUGAAUUUCAGUCUUAACAUGAAAGCCCGUUCCAGAGGUAUUUAUUGUGUUUUAAUAUCCUUUGAUUUGCUGAAAGGAACAUUUUUUCCAACUUUUCUUUUGGUUUCCAUUCAUUUCCACAAUACAUGGAAGGCCACAUUUAUAGACAUACAACAUGUACCCAUCUAUGGCAUAAAAGGCAAGUGGGCUUUUCUUUCUUCAGAAAUGAAUAGAAAUGGAAGUAGAAGUAAUGCAAUGUUUUUCAAAAUGGUUAACAAUGUGACAAAAAUCAUUUAUAGUAUGCGUUUUAAAACAUGUAAACUCUGAUGUUCUAAUUUGUGCCUUGACGAUAUCACUGAUAAGCAACCUGUUUUAUGUUAUUCAGUGGAUGAAUUUCAAAUUGAAUUGUGACCCAGGUCUGACAGGAAAAGAACCAAGGCAGCAUUAGUUGUAUUUUGCUGUUGUUUAUUGACCUUUUAUGAGGACAGUAUUGAUGUGAUAUAACUGUUGUACACAGUCUGUGUGAUUUUCAGUUUAAUAUCAAUAUAUUUGUGUUUGCAAAGCAAUAGAGUACACCACACUACUGACGUUUACUUAUUCCGCUGGCUUGACUUGCUACGCUGGCUGUAAAAUCACUUCUUGUGGCCUGAGUGAAGCUACUCGGAUCAAACAUUACAAAUGUAGCAGCAAGUAAAACCUUUGACUACAUCAGAUUAACAGAAGAAGUAUAUUAACAUUUGCAAAAAGACAAAAUAACUGCUACCACAUGCCAUUCAGGAUUUUUACAUUGAUUUAUGUAUUUAUAGUGUUUUAUAUGGGAAUAUUUUUUUUAUUUCUUCUUGUGUGUGAAUGAAGGGCUUCUUCAGGCCUUCCAUGUCACAGUCAUGAAGAACAGCUCAUAGGAGUUUUCAUUUGACUUGAAUUCUUAAAGAUAUUGUUCUUGUCUAAACUGAGGCACGUGUUCUGUACUUGGUUGCAAGACGGGCCAAAGCUUAAUCAUUUCUUAACUAAUCGUUAUUGUUUUUAAUAGAAAACAUAGGAAUACUUUGAAAUGCUGCUGAAAGUGGUUGGUGGCCUUGAGAUGUUUAUGAGCUCAUGUGCUUCCAAUUGUUGUUUGUGGGUUUUCUUUAUGCUCAGAGUCAGUCAGUCAGACUGGAUUUGAGCAGCAGAAAUACUUUAUAAACCUCAUUAAUAUCAACUGUGAAUGUCAGCCUUAAUUUAAUCGAGUGGGGGAAAAAAACAUUUUUUUGUGAAGGUGCAUAUUUUUAAGUGUUUGUGUUUGCCUCCCAUUUUGCUUUAACUGAGUCGGCGUGCCUCUUUAGUGCCAUGUGGUGUCCUAAAUCAGCUGCUACCUCUGCACAAUGUUGUUAUAUUUUUGGAUCUCAAAUCUCAUUUGUUUGACAAAAAGUCACAGUUUUUGGAAAUGCCAUGAGCUAAUGUUUUUAAGUUAUUUUUGCUCACAUGGACUGUUAGUUUGUGAUGUGACCUUUACAUGUAUUUUAAACCAGCAAGUUAAAUGUUUGUGCAAAACAAAUGUACUGACUUAGUAGAAUGUGUUUCUGUGAGUAGGGUUCAAAAUAAUAAUAAUAAUCAAUUCUUAAGUUUUAAAACCUGAGAAUGCAGUUAAGUCAAAAGAAAAUUAAAUUACAACUUCUGUGUCUUUUGCAAAGUUAUAUUGUGAGAUGUAACUUUGAUUCUGGUCUGUAUCCAAAGUUAAUUUGUACUCUGCUAAACCACCUUUAGGAGCAAUAGAUAGUUGUCCUUGUCAAUUGGCAAAUAAAUACAAACGAGA